AGCCGUGGGACAGGAUUUUUGAACGGUGUUUAGUUUCGCCCUCGUCAUGUGAACCAUGCCCGAGGGCAGGUAUGUGGAUUUCAUGGCCUCCGUUCGACGGAGGGGCGGAUAUUUGGAGCUGGACCUGCGCCGGAGUUUAAGUCUCAGCACUUUAGAGACGAACCUGAGCGACCAAUUCAUGAAGAAUCUUCGAUCAGCAGCCCACAAGGAAAACCCAGAGGACGACUGCUGCUACUUCGAUCUGGAUAUAAGUGAAAACAACUUACCCCCUGAGGCCUGCCGACUUUUGGUCCGCUUCUUGACACAGCUCUCCUCAGGGCAGUGGCCCGUGUGUGUGCGCUCCCUCCGAGCCUACCGGAACUGCUUCGGGGACGAGGGCGCGCUUCACUUGGCGGAGCUCAUCUGGCGCCAGCGUUGGCCUUUGGCGCAGCUCCAUCUGAGCCACAACAGCAUCUCCGGCUACGGGGCCGCCUGCAUCAUCCUGGCCCUCGCCUGCGCCAAAGCCGGCCGAGGCCCGAACGCUGAAGGGACGUAUCCGCUGCGAGUGGCCUCCAAGGUGCCGAGGUACACUGGGUGUUGGAUGCGCCUGGAGCAGAACGAGGUGCAGAGCCCGGAGAAGCUGGCGCAGGAGCUCCGGGCCUUCGGCGCGCGCAUCGAGCAAGUGGGCCGCAGCGAGCGGGACUGGGGCCCUUUGCGGGCCCCCCACUGGGCCAACACUUCGCAGAAGGCACCGCAGGUGGUGCUGUACCUCUUCAACCUCCAAAGGAAGGACGGAGAGGAGGCUGAGAAGCCGAGAGCCAACGUGCAGAGGGCCUGGGACUGGGUGCAGGAUCUCGGCAGCUCCGAGCUCGCGUCCUCGGACCCGGGGACCUCGGAGGUCGAGGAGCAGAUCGCUUCGGACGGGAUGGAGCGGCCGGCGAUCUCUUCGGGGAAGGGCAAGGGCAAGUCGCGGCUGGUGUGGCGGGCCAAAGUGACCGAGAAGGAGACGGACGCCAGCUCCAGCGAACCGAAGGCGAAAGAGGCGAAAGCGCCAGAGGCGGCAGAGCCCAAGCCGGAGGCAAAGCCGGAGCCCAAGCCGGAGACAAAACAAAAGCCGGAAGGAGAACCCGAGGCGGCUGAGAAGAAGAAGAAAGGCAAGAACAAGAUGCAGACCGCGGAUAUGAAUGUAACCAAUGUGGUAGUGCAAGAUGGUUUCACCUACCAAUGAGGCGCCCAGAUCUGGAUGACUGGAAACGGGUGAGUUUCCCUUCCACCACA